AUGGGCUGCUGUUGUUCGAAAUUCCCACCAACCGAGACGCAGCCGGUGAAGGAGAAGUCCCAAAACCUCGGCCCGGCUCCACAUGUUACCGGACCGCCGUCGCCGCCCACCGCCCCACCGUCUGGCGGCGGACCUGACCCUGGCGCAGCUCCACCUGGGGUUCCAACGUUUUGCGAGUUUUCCCUCUCUGACCUCAGAACAGCUACGAGUAACUUCAGCCGGGAUUUCAUAGUCUCAGAAAGUGGAGAAAAGGCCCCUAACGUUGUCUACAAAGGGCGCCUGCAAAACCGCCGGUGGAUCGCCGUCAAGAGAUUCCCUAAGUCUGCCUGGCCCGACCCGAAACAGUUUGCGGAGGAGGCAUGGGGAGUUGGUAAGUUGAGGCACAGAAGGCUUGCAAAUUUGAUAGGGUAUUGCUGUGAGAGUGAUGAAAGGUUGCUAGUUGCAGAGUUCAUGCCCAAUGAUACUCUUGCUAAGCAUUUGUUCCACUGGGAAAAGCAGACCAUUGAGUGGGCUAUGCGCUUAAGAGUGGCACUUUAUAUAGCUGAGGCCUUAGAAUAUUGUAUUAGUGCCGGCCAUUCGUUGUACCACGACCUCAAUGCAUACAGGAUUCUCUUUGACGAGGAAGGCGAUUCUCGGCUUUCAUGUUUUGGCCUCAUGAAAAAUAGCCGGGAUGGAAGGAGUUAUAGCACAAAUCUUGCCUACACUCCACCUGAAUAUUUGAAAAAUGGAAGAGUUACCCAAGAAAGUGUGGUAUACAGUUACGGUACAGUCCUCUUGGAUCUGCUGAGCGGUAAACAUAUACCUCCGAGCCACGCUCUUGAUAUGAUACGCGGUAAAAACAUGAUAAUUUUGAUGGAUUCGCAUUUAGAGGGAAAAUUUUCUUCGGAAGAGGCAACAGCGGUUGUGGGUCUCGCCUCUAAAUGCCUGCAACACGAACCUAGGGAGAGGCCAAAUAUAAAAGAUCUCGUCACAACUCUUUCCCCUUUACAGCUCAAAUCAGACGUUCCCUCACUCGUGAUGCUCGGAGUUUCUAAGCAUGAAGAAUCUCCGAAAAGCCCACAACGAGCGCUAUCGCCAAUGGGUGAGGCGUGUUCGCGAAUGGAUCUAACCGCAAUACACCAAAUCUUGGUUACCACUCACUAUCGAGACGAUGAAGGAACCAAUGAGUUAUCAUUCCAAGAAUGGACACAACAGAUGAGAGAUUUGUUGGAUACUCGUAAGAGAGGGGAUUUCGCGUUUCGUGAUAAGGACUUCAAGGUCGCCGUAGAUUGUUAUUCUCAGUUUAUCGAUGUGGGAGCCAUGGUGUCCCCAACUGUAUACGCGCGCCGUAGCUUGUGUUAUCUGAUGAACGACCAAGCUGAUGUGGCACUUCGAGAUGCAAUGCAAGCACAAAUCGUGUAUCCCGAUUGGCCCACAGCUUUCUACAUGCAAUCGGUUGCACUCGCCAAGCUGGACAUGCACCAGGAUGCAGCCGACAUGCUCAAAGAGGCGGCUGGGCUCGAAGACAAGCGGCAAAAAGGCGGAGGAUCGUAA